AUGGCUCCUCCAUCUAUUUACGGCGAACCUAAGAUUCGUUCCGAAGCAAGCGGAGUAUUUUUAGAGGUGUUAGUAACUGGAGCGGAUCCCGCUAAAACCAAAUGGUUCUUCGGAGAGAAAGAGCUUGAAGAGAACAAGAACUUCAUUUUCUCAUUCAGUGAUGAAGGAGGAAAUCGCAAGAAACUUGUUUGCCAGAUUAAGGAUUUUGACAAGCCAUUAGCCGGUGUUUACAAGGCCUUCUUCUACUCUGCUGAUGGUGAAAACAGUGCUUCUUUCACUGUUACAGCCGGAGAAGCCCCCGAUUUUUAUGACAAGCCUCAUAUUAUCCAAAGAGAUAAUGGUAACAUUAUUGUUAUCAAGGUUAGAGCUAAAUCUCAUUUGGAGAUGAAAUGCGAUUGGUUCAAGGACGAUAAGCCUGUUAAGUACACCGACAGAGUCAAAGCUGUUGUAAAGCAAGAUGACAAGGACAAGGAUGGUUUCCAAUUCUUGCUGGAAAUUACUGGACCCGCAAAAGAUGAUGAGGCCAGAUACAAAUGCGUUGUUGAGAACUCCGAAGGAAAGAACCAACAAUCUCUUAAUCUUGUUUUUGAUUAA